GGCGGGCCCAGUGCGUGGCAGCGCCCGCUGGCCCGGUCGCGAAGUUUCCAGCCCUGAGAGCGCCGGCGACGGUCCGCAGACACGACCAUGCGGCCCCCGCUGCUCCUGGCCCCGCUGGCCUGGCUGCUCCUGGUCCAGGCGAAGGACGACACCAAGGCGGAGGACAACCUUUUGGUCCUCACUGUGGCCACGAAGGAGACGGAGGGCUUCCGCCGCUUCAAGCGCUCAGCCCAGUUCUUCAACUACAAGAUCCAGGCGCUGGGCCUGGGGGAGGACUGGAGUGUGGACAGGGGGUCCACAGGGGGAGGCCAGAAGGUGCGGCUGCUGAAGAAGGCGCUGGAGAAGCAUGCAGACCACGAAGACCUGGUCAUUCUCUUCAUUGACAGCUAUGAUGUAGUGUUUGCCUCCGGGCCUCGGGAGCUCCUGAGAAAGUUCCGGCAAGCCAAGAGCCAGGUGGUCUUCUCAGCUGAGGAACUCAUCUACCCAGAUCGGAGGUUGGAGGCCAAGUACCCAACAGUCUCUGAUGGCAAGAGGUUCCUGGGCUCUGGAGGCUUCAUUGGUUAUGCCCCCAACCUCAGCACACUGGUGGCCGAGUGGGAGGGACAGGACAGCGACAGUGACCAGCUGUUUUAUACUAAGAUCUUCUUGGACCCUGAGAAGAGGGAGCAGAUCAACAUCACCCUGGACCACCGCUGCCGCAUCUUCCAGAACCUGGAUGGAGCCUUAGAUGAGGUUGUGCUGAAGUUUGAAAUGGGCCACGUGAGAGCAAGGAAUCUGGCCUAUGACACCCUCCCAGUCAUCAUCCAUGGCAACGGGCCCACCAAGUUGCAGCUGAACUACCUGGGCAACUACAUCCCCCGCUUCUGGACCUUCGAGACUGGCUGUACUGUGUGUGAUGAAGGCCUGCGCAGCCUCAAGGGCAUUGCGGAUGAUGCUCUGCCCACUGUCCUGGUAGGCGUGUUCAUCGAACAGCCCACACCGUUUCUAUCCCUGUUCUUCCUUCGGCUGCUCCACCUGCACUACCCCCGAAAACAGAUGCGGCUCUUCAUUCACAACAAUGAACAGCAUCACAAACUGCAGGUGGAGCAAUUCCUGGCAGAGCAUGGCAAGGAGUACCAGUCUGUGAAACUAGUGGGCCCCGAAGUGCACAUGGCCAAUGCUGAUGCCAGGAACAUGGGCGUAGACCUGUGCCGCCAGGACAGAACUUGCACCUACUACUUCAGUGUGGACGCUGACGUGGCCCUGACUGAGCCUGACUGCCUACGAUUGCUGAUUGAGCAAAACAAGAAUGUCAUUGCCCCACUCAUGACCCGCCAUGGGAGGCUCUGGUCCAACUUCUGGGGGGCGCUGAGUGCAGAUGGCUACUACGCCCGCUCCGAGGACUACGUGGACAUUGUACAAGGCCGGCGUGUCGGUGUCUGGAAUGUGCCUUACAUCUCGAACAUCUACCUAAUCAAGGGCAGCGCCCUGCGGGCAGAGCUACAGCACCUGGACUUGUUCCAUCACAGCAAGCUGGACGCAGACAUGAGCUUUUGCGCCAAUGUCCGGCAGCAGGAGGUGUUCAUGUUCCUGACCAACCGGCAUACCUUCGGCCACCUGCUUUCCCUGGACAACUACCAGACCACCCAUCUCCAUAAUGAUCUCUGGGAGGUGUUCAGCAAUCCCGAGGAUUGGAAAGAGAAGUACAUCCACGAAAACUACACCAAGGCUCUGGCGGGGAAGCUGGUGGAGAUGCCUUGCCCAGAUGUCUACUGGUUCCCCAUCUUCACGGAGGCGGCCUGUGACGAGCUGGUGGAGGAGAUGGAGCAUUAUGGUCAGUGGUCUCUGGGUGAUAACAAGGACAGCCGCAUCCAGGGAGGCUAUGAAAAUGUCCCCACCAUUGACAUCCACAUGAACCAGAUCACCUUUGAGCGGGAGUGGCACAAGUUCCUGGUGGAGUACAUCGCCCCCAUGACGGAGAAGCUCUAUCCCGGCUACUAUACCAGGGCCCAAUUUGACCUUGCCUUCGUCGUCCGAUACAAGCCUGAUGAGCAGCCAUCGCUGAUGCCACACCACGAUGCUUCUACCUUCACUGUGAACAUCGCCCUGAACAGGGUCGGGGAGGAUUAUGAGGGUGGGGGCUGCCGGUUCCUGCGCUACAACUGCUCCAUCCGAGCUCCGAGGAAAGGCUGGGCCCUUAUGCAUCCUGGCCGGCUCACACACUACCACGAAGGGCUCCCCACUACCAAGGGCACCCGCUACAUUGCUGUGUCCUUCGUCGAUCCCUAACUGGCUAGUGCUUGACUUCCUUGAAGAUGUCCUCUUUGCUGACAACCACUGCUCAAACAGCCCCUGGGACCUCUGGAUCCCAGGAAAUUCCUGUUACUCUUGAAGCUGCCAGUCAGAAGGAUCAGGCGCAGGACAGAGAUGGGGCGCCCCUCUGAGACUGAGGCUGUCUAUGGUGCUCCCACCAGCCCCAAGAGAUGCUGAUCACCCUCAUCUUCCCCCAGCCCCUUUCUUCUGAUUGUCCCGUGGGGCCAGACUUCUGUCUGAGCUGCCUAAGAGACUGCAGGGUCCGCAGCUGUCCUCCAGUGUUCCUCUGGAAGAACUGCCGCCCAGGACUCUGUAUCACAUUUCAAUGCCAUUGAGACCUAACUCAAACUCAAGUGCUCCCCCAGUCUCCUCCCCUGCACCUAGGACUUCUGAAGCCCUCUCUUCCAGGUUUGUAUCACCUGACCAAACAGUUGUCCCUGGAGACAGUGACUCAGAAAUCCUCCCGGGGCACAGAAAAGACAUCCAUGUCACAGCUUAGUCCUCCAUAUACCCUACUGGAAGGAGGGUAUUAACAUGUCCACACUGUACUGGGUCACCCUGUCCAGAUGCCUAUGGAAACAGGGACAGAAACGAGAGUUCUAUUAAAGGUUGUUCAAACCAC